UUUCAAAUCUCACUCUUCACUAUCAAACUACACAACAAAACUCAUCAGAAUCUCAACAAAAUGCCUUGCGAUUCUUCUUCUCUAACAGUCCACUCAAAAUGCACAAUCUUCCCCCACCGGAAAUCCACCAUGGAAGAUCUCAAGCUCUCCGUCUCCGAUCUGCCCAUGCUUUCUUGCCAUUACAUUCAAAAGGGCUGUCUCUUCACCCGCCCAUCUUCAACCACCACUGACUCUCUCAUUUCCCUUCUUAAAGACUCCCUUUCUCAAACACUUUCUCACUUCCCUCCCCUCGCCGGCCGCCUGAAAACCGACUCCGACGGGUACGUUUACAUAACAUGCAACGACGCCGGCGUUGACUUCAUUCACGCCAGCGAUACUAAUAUCUUUGUUCGUGAUGUUAUAUCACCUGGCUGUGUCCCGGUUUGUGUCAAAAGUUUUUUUACAUGUGAUCGGAUGGUUAGCUAUAACGGCCAUUAUAAUCCAAUCUUGGCCGUUCAGGUGACGGAGUUAGCUGACGGAGUUUUCAUUGGGUGCUCCGUUAAUCACUCCGUUACUGACGGAACUUCAUUCUGGAAUUUCUUUAAUACUUUUGCUGAGUUAACACGAGGAAUCAAGAAAAUUUCGAAAGUUGGUCAGCCGGAUUUUUCAAGAAACUCUGUGUUAAUAUCGCCGGCGGUUCUGAAGCUUCCUCACGGCGGACCAACCGUUAGUUUUAAUGAAAAUGAGGCGUUGAGUGAGAGAAUCUUUAGCUUUAGUAGAGAAGCAAUCUUGAAAUUGAAAGGUAUAGCGAAUAAUAAUAAUAACAAGAAAAUUAAUGAUCAGUCGGUCGAAUUAAUUGGUAAACAAAAUAAUGAUCCGUUAUUUAAUAAUGGAAAGAUUAUGAAUGUGAUUCUUGAAACGUUUUUCAAGAACGCCGUUUCGAAACCGCCGGAAUCAGAAAUAUCGUCGUUUCAAGCAUUAUGUGCGCUGUUGUGGAGAGCAGUGACACGUGGAAGAAAAUUAAAUCCGGCGAAAAUGACGACGUUUAGAAUGGCUGUGAAUUGUCGGGCAAGAUUGAACCCGAAUUUGGAUCCGUUUUACUUCGGGAACGCAAUUCAAAGCAUUCCAACUUAUGCAUCAUGCGGUGACGUUUUGUCUAAGGAUUUACGUUGGUGUGCUCAGCAAUUGAAUAAAAAUGUGGUAGCUCAUAACGACAGUACGAUACGUCGUUUUGUAGAUAGUUGGGAGAAGAAUCCAGUGUGUUUCCCUCUAGGGAACUUUGAUGGGGCAUCAAUGACCAUGGGGAGCUCACCUAGAUUUCCUAUGUACGAUAAUGAUUUUGGGUGGGGCCGGCCUUUGGCGGUUAGGAGCGGUGGGGCCAAUAAAUUUGACGGUAAGAUCUCCGCUUUUCCGGGAAGAGAAGGCGGCGGAAGCGUGGAUCUCGAGGUGGUUUUGAAGCCGGAAACAAUGGCUAUGAUUGAGUCUGAUUAUGAGUUCAUGCAAUAUGUUUCUUAGCUAGAAUAAAGUCAUUGCAUUUAACGGCGGUGAUGAAUAUUAUUGAUGAUGAUGAAAAUGUUUUUUUUUUUAUAUUUAGUCUUGGGUGGGACAUAUGGGAUUUUAAUCUAAUGUAUUGUGAUGUGAUUUAAUUAAUGUGGAUGUAAAUUAUUGUGAGGAAGUUUUGUUGGUUAUUUUAUGAUCUGAGAAGUUGGUAUUUUA